AUGCCGACUCUAAUCAAUGGACCAAGAAGAGAUUCUACUGAAGGGUUCGACACAGAUCUCAUUACUCUACCCAGAUUUAUCAUCGAACACCAAAAGCAAUUCAAGAAUGCCACUGGUGAUUUCACUCUGGUGCUGAACGCAUUGCAAUUCGCAUUCAAAUUUGUGUCUCACACCAUCAGACGAGCCGAAUUGGUUAAUUUGGUUGGGUUAGCGGGUGCCUCCAACUUCACCGGUGAUCAGCAAAAGAAGUUGGACGUAUUAGGUGACGAAAUUUUCAUCAAUGCGAUGAGGGCGAGUGGGAUCAUUAAGGUCCUUGUCUCUGAGGAGCAAGAGGACUUAAUAGUUUUCCCCACAAGCACAGGAACCUACGCAGUAUGUUGUGAUCCCAUCGAUGGCUCCUCCAACUUGGACGCUGGUGUGUCUGUCGGAACGAUCGCGUCUAUUUUUAGACUUCUACCAGACUCUUCAGGUACUAUAAACGACGUCCUAAGAUGCGGCAAAGAAAUGGUCGCCGCUUGCUACGCCAUGUAUGGCUCCUCCACGCAUCUAGUUUUGACAUUGGGCGACGGAGUUGAUGGGUUCACUUUAGACACAAAUUUGGGUGAAUUCAUUUUGACCCACCCUAAUUUGAGAAUCCCACCUCAAAAGGCCAUUUAUUCCAUCAAUGAAGGUAACACCGUCUUCUGGAACGAAACUAUAAGAACAUUUAUUGAAAAAGUGAAACAGCCUCAACCAGAUAACAAUAAUCAGCCCUUCUCCGCCAGGUAUGUUGGGUCCAUGGUUGCUGACGUGCACAGAACUUUCCUGUAUGGCGGUCUUUUCGCAUACCCCUGUGACAGAAAAAGCCCUAAUGGAAAACUAAGAUUGCUUUAUGAGGCCUUCCCAAUGGCAUUCUUGAUGGAGCAGGCCGGCGGGAAAGCCGUUAACGAUCACGGAGAAAGAAUCCUGGACUUGGUGCCAAGCCAUAUCCAUGACAAAUCUUCCAUUUGGUUAGGUUCUUCUGGCGAAAUCGAUAAAUUUUUGGACCAUAUUGGUAGGUCACAUUAG